CGUGCUUACAAGACGUCAGCUGAUUGGUUUGUUGGAGGGACGGUCACGUGACCUCCUGUCAUGUGACCUCCUGCUGUUGAUGAUUGUUAGCUCAGUCACGUUAAGUUCACCUGCUGAAGGAGACCAGGUGCGACAAACAAGAUGCUUAUUGUGGUGUUGUGUUGCUUCCUGUUCUCUCUGCUGGGCGGUUAUGCGGCUCCGGCUGCAGAUGAGGUGAAAUACCUGCCCGGUCUGCAGAAACAGCCGAGCUUCAGACAGUACUCUGGAUACCUGAGUGUGGCUGAUGGAAAACACCUGCACUACUGGUUGGUGGAGUCCCAGAAGAACCCGUCCUCUGACCCGCUGGUGCUGUGGUUGAAUGGUGGCCCCGGCUGUAGCUCUUUGGACGGACUCCUGACUGAACAUGGACCUUUCCUGGUCCAGGAUGACGGAGUGACGCUGCAGUACAACCCGUACUCGUGGAACAAGAUUGCCAACAUAUUGUACCUCGAGUCUCCGGCUGGAGUCGGCUUCUCGUACUCUGAUGAUCAGAAAUAUGCCACCAAUGACACAGAGGUGUCGAUGAACAACUAUCUGGCUCUGAAGGAGUUCUUCCGUCUGUUUCCAGAGUUCAGUCAGAAUGAACUUUUCCUCACUGGAGAAAGUUAUGGAGGAAUCUACAUCCCGACGCUCGCUGAGAGGGUGAUGGAGGACGCCAGCCUCAACCUGCAGGGUGUUGCCGUGGGAAACGGGAUGUCGAGUUAUGAGCUGAACGAUAACUCGCUGGUGUUCUUUGCCUACUACCACGGCCUGCUGGGAAGUCGACUGUGGAGCGAGCUGCAGACAUUCUGCUGCAGCGACGGGAAGUGCAAUUUCUACAACAACCAGAACCAGAACUGUACCAUCAGCCUGUCCGAGGUUCAGGACAUUGUCUACGGUUCAGGAUUGAACAUGUACAAUCUGUACGCACCCUGUCCAGGUGGAGUCCAUCAGAGAUUCAGUAUUGAACGAGGUGAGUUGGUGAUCAGGGAUCUGGGGAACUCUUUCAUCAACCAUCAGUGGACUCAGCUGUGGAACCAGAAGUUACGAGGUCUGGCGUCUCUUCACCUCUCCGUUCGUCUGGACCCCCCCUGCACUAACUCCACUCCCUCCUCCCUCUACCUGAACAACCCGUACGUCCGAGCUGCCUUGCACAUCAGCCCAAAGGCCCUGGACUGGGUCAUCUGCAGCGCUGAGGUGAAUCUGAACUACGGUCGUCUCUACCUGGACGUCAGAAAACAGUACCUGAAGCUGCUAACUUCUCUGAAAUACCGGGUUCUGGUGUACAACGGGGACGUGGACAUGGCCUGUAACUUCAUGGGGGACGAGUGGUUCGUCGAGUCUCUAAAUCAGCAGGUGGAGGUUCAGAGGCGUCCGUGGCUUUACGAUGAUGACGACGGUCGGCAGGUCGGCGGCUUCGUCAAAGAGUUUGACAACAUCGCCUUCCUCACUGUCAAGGGUUCUGGUCACAUGGUCCCAUCUGACAAACCAAUUGCUGCCUUCGCCAUGUUCUCCAGAUUCAUCAAGAGACAACCAUACUGACAGCUGACCCUCUGCCUGGGGUCACCUGACCUGAGUCCCUUUCAGGCUUCAGUAUUUUAAUUUGAUCUGAUUUUUUUUUCUCACUGCCAGCCAAUCAACACAACUCCGCUCUGUGAUUCAGAUUAUUGUUGCAGGAAAUGAAAUGAACCUCAGCCAAUCACAGCAUUUCUCCUGGUUGACUCACUCUGCUGGUCAACAUGUGGUUAUCAUGGAAAUGAGCACUGCCGUCAGUCUGUACUUUUUUUUUGAAUGUGAAGUUGAUUUUAAAUAAAGUUUGAUUUUCAACUUGA